AUGGCACAGUCAACAUCACUUCAAGUUGUUUGGCUCGAUUCGACAGUUCAUGAUAAUAUAAAUAGAGAACUUUUGACAAGCAUACGUGAAAUUAAUCCUGAAGCAAUGGAAUUCGAUAAUCAAGAUGAAUGUCUACGAUUUCUAGGAAACGGCGUAGAUGAGCCAAGGCGAUUUAUCUUUAUUGUGAGUGGUGUUAUCGCUGAAAAAUUAGUGCCUGAUAUACAACAGCAUAAAGAUAUCUUAUCCAUUUAUGUUUAUUGUGCGCACAUAUCCAAGCAUGAGGAAUGGUCCAGACAAUAUGAAAAAGUAGAAUACUAA